AUGAGUUCACAACCAGAACCAUCGGAUAGGUCUGCUACUACAGCUCAACCUGAGACUACGAGUUUAGGGGUUCAGUUAACCAAGAUGCUUACUAAGUUUGGUGAGAUGGUUACUGAGAUGGUGGCCCAAAGGAAAUUGAUUGAUGAGAUUAUUAGCAGUGGAGUUCAACCCGAGCCCAUACCUUUGGAUGCUUUGCAAGGACUAGGGAGCAGUGGGAAAAAGCCGCAAUUUAAAAAGAAAGAAGGGGAAGCUGCCUUUAUCUGGGACCAAAACCCUACACCAAGACCUAAAUUUCAACACAAACCAACAUAUUCACCACCGUAUCCCUACUAUCCAAGUCCUCACCUUUUCUACACUACCAAUAUCUCCUACCCCCGACCUCGCCCAAAUUACACCAACCCGCCUACAGUUUCUUUCCAAAUAUCUCAGCCAAAUUUUCAACAAACUCGUCCCCGACCUCCUUACCACCAGAGAUUUUCCCCACCAAAUAGACCUACCUAUAACUAUCCCCAACCCACUGAAACCUACAAUCAGAAUCGUACCCGAACGUUCACCAACCUAGGUAGGCCUUUGGAUCAGUUAUAUGAGCAAUUAAAGGCUGCCGGUAAGAUAGGUGUGAUUCCCCCUCCAACUUACCCUUAUGGCAUGCCUGCUGGGUAUAAUCCACAGGCUACUUGUGCUUAUCAUUCAGGAGUACCUGGUCACUCCACUGCCAAUUGUCGACUUCUCAAAUAUAAAGUUCAAGACGUGCUCGAAACAAGAGAAAUUGUGAUUAGGAAAAGAGAAGAGCAAGGACCAAAUGUGAGCAAGAACCCCUUGCCGGAGCACACUGAUACUGUCGGAGUUAUUGUGGAUGAUAAGGAAUUUGAAAAGCUUGUCCGAAGCAUAUCAAAUGAAACAGAAGUGUUUGGGAUAAUGGAUCAACCUUUUGUGAUAGAGGAAGCAUCGUAUGAGGCAGAUAAGAGGCCAUUCAUUUUAGACCUAACUUCAUUCAAUAGUGCAGCUUUAGAACCUGUGGUAAUUGAAUUCCCGAAACAAGUGCCGGUUUUAAGUUUACAGCAAGUGCCGUGGAAUUAUAAUGAACCCAUUUUGCAAAUCGGGGGUAAACAUAUUUUGAAUGAUGAAGUGUCUGUUGUUACGAGGUCAGGAAAGAUUACAAGUUCAUCCACUGCUAGCAUCCCAGUCCAAGUAAGCAAUCGUGAACCGAUUACCAAACCAGCAGUUACCGAAAAAGAAGCAUGGGAUUUUCUUAAAAGGCUUAAAAGAAGCGAAGAUGCGUUACUUGAAGUUUUGACUAAGGCUCGGAUUCCCAAGGAUAUUUCGGUUGACAAUUUCUCGCACAUAGUCGGAAAUGUAUUGACUACUAAACAAAUCACUUUUUCUGAUGAAGAGCUACCUGCAGAAGGAACUGGUCAUAAUAAAGCCUUAUAUGUAGCUGUGAGAUGCAAUGGGAAAAUGUUGCCUAAAGUACUGAUCGACAAUGGGUCUGCCCUCAAUAUUUGUCCUUGGAGCACUUUGGUGAAGUUAGGGUUGCAAGAUGUCAAAUUAAAAUCCUCAGAGACCAUAGUUCGAGGAUUCGAUGGAGCCCAAAGGAUCCAUAGGAGAAUAUUGAAAUUUGUGGUGAACGACCAGCUGAUAACCAUUUUUGCUGAAGAAGAUUGCAUUGUAAUUGCCAAUUCUGAGCCUGAGGAGGAUGGUAACCAAAAUGCUUCAGUGUCUUCUUACCGUACAGCUGACAUUGUCUCCGUGAGUUGGAUAACAAGUGAGGCUUCAAAAGACGAAAUGGUUUUGCCAGUGGCCAGUGUUAUGAUGGCUAAGGAAAUAAUUCGCGGAGGAUAUGAAUUUGAUAAGGGAUUGGGACGCAAUCUACAAGGCAUUCUGAAACCCGUGGAACUCAUCGAAAAGAAGGACCUAUUUGGUUUGGGAUUCCGUCCGACUGCCAGAGAUAUAAAAGAGAUAAAAGCACGCAAGAAGGCAGAAAAGGAAGGCAAGUUAGGUGCUUUAGACAUUCCACCACUACGCUAUACCUUUCCAAAGCCGGUUGAUGUCAUUACAUCUGAGUUUAGCCCAAUUGACGAAGUGGAGACAAGCCUGACUCAUUUGUUUGUGGGAGCAAUAUCCGAAGAUUGUCCGUCAGAUGAUGCCGAAUUCCUAGACAUUCCCCAAAGAGCUAUACACAACUCGACCGCCAAGUGCUUUCCCGUGUAA